GUUUGUCGACGUUCCAACGUCUAUUGUAUCCUGCACGACGAUGGAGUCCAAAUUAUCAUUCAUUGUCAGAAAACCUUCGGCAGCAGACAACGAUAAGGUCAACGACAGAUUCAAACUCUCAGCACUUCCUCGUCACCUCUCUAGUGCCACCAGCUCCGCUUCUGGCUCCCCACUCACAGGUUCUCCUCGAACUUUCAGCUCCCGAGAGGAUUCCGACGAUGAAGAGGAGAGUGGGAUCGUGUUUGCUGAUGGCGGGAAUAAAGACGAGCCAGACUCUAGCGACGAUGAAGACGAGCGUCUCGAGGACGAGCUCAUCACUUCUUUCAAUAAAUUUGGUGCACAGCGUGUAAAUGGGAAAAAGCCCAAGACCAAAGCCCCCACGGGCCCGCUUGUCAUUCCUGCGAAGCCGAAUCCUGACUGGCGCGAGGCAGCACGGAAACGUCGCGCAGCUGCCGCACGGUUUGUCCCUGAUUCUGCCAAAGCGAGCACAGGUGCAGACGGGAGCGUCGGAGGGCUUGGAACGCGCGACACCAUCAACUCCGGCCCCCAACUCUCGGGUAUCCAGUUCGGGAAGAAGGAACCUAAAGUAGACAGCAGCACGACGUCUACUGACGAAGAGAAAAACAUGACGGUAGAAGAAAAUGGAAAGGAAGAUAUUGUAGAAGAGACGGAAGACCACAAAGCCCUCCGUGCGCUGCUGGCGGGGGAUAUGGACUCAGCGCCCCAGAUCGAUUCUAUUCCUGUCCCUCCCAGCGAAACCGAUGCCCUCCAACAAGAUGUUGCUGACCUUCCGGAAGCUGCCACUCUGGAUGACUAUGCGCGCGUGCCCAUCACUGCAUUUGGGGCUGCUAUGCUCCGUGGCAUGGGUUGGGUGGACGGCGGGGCCGUUACGAGCUCAGAACGAGCGAAAAAGAAUGCACUGGUGGAGCCUUACCUGCCGAAAUCGCGCCCUGCAUUGUUGGGAAUCGGAGCGAAGGAGCAGGAGGUGCUGGAUGACGGUAGUCAGAAGAAGAAACGGCGAGGGGACGAGAAGCGGUAUAUCCCGCUUGUGAGACAGGAGAGCAGUAGAGAUGAAAGCAGGAAUGGAAGCACGACAGUUUCGAGGAGGGCUUCGCGGUCACCUGAGAGAAGGAGCGGAGGAGGGAGUAGUAGGAGGGAUGAUCGCGAUAGGCGACGAGAACGCGACCGUGACGAUCGAGGAGACCGAGAUGACAGGAGGAGAAGAGACGAUAGUAGAAGAGACAGCGAUAGGGACUCGGACCGACGAAACAGAGAUCGCGAUGUCGAUAAACGUCGUGACAGAGUACGAGAGUACGAUGACCGCGAUCGGCGCAGAGACGGUGACAGCAAACGGGGAGGACGGGAUAGGUGA